CAUUUUUUUUUUUUUUGUUUGUUGUUGUGUCUACAUUUUUAGUAUUGUGUUCAAUAAUGGCAGACAUAGAUCCUGCGGCAUUAAUAUCCGAAUUUUGCAAAGUUACUGGCACUGAUAUUUCGCAAGCACGGCAUUUUUUAGAAGACGCUGGAUGGGAUAGCGACCUUGCAAUGUCAAGAUACUUUGAAGAAACUGAAGAUAAAUCCAGUGACGAUGAUCCUGUAUUUCAGAGGCCUGGAAGCCCAAAACCUCAAAUGCCACCUAAUAACAGUUCCAGAAUAGCUACGUUUGCUAGUUUAAUGGGAAAUCAAGCCACUGAUGAGGAAGAAGGCCAGGCCUUUUAUGCUGGAGGUUCUGAAAGAAGUGGUCAACAAGUGUUGGGCCCUGGGAAACGAAAAGCUGGAAAUGAAAUUGUUGAAGAAGUAUUUAAAGCAGUCAGAAGUUUUGGAGCUGAAGUUGUUGAUUCUUCGGAAAAAAGACACAGUUCAACCAAACUGAAAGCAUUUCGUGGCACAGGGUAUGUUCUAGGAUCAUCUUCAGAAAGCAGCAGUGCUGUUUCUGACCCUGUAGGUGAUGAUGCUGUGUCUCAAAAUGUGGAAAUUUGUUUAAGACUUUGGAGGACAGGCUUUACUAUAAAUGAUGGCCCACUUCGAGAUUAUCAUGAUCCUGAAAAUAAGGAGUUUCUGGAUUCUAUUCGUAAAGGAGAAGUUCCUUUAGAACUAAGACAUAAAGCUAAAGGUGAAGAGGUUCAUCUUAACAUUGAAGAUCAUAGUCAUGAAGAAUAUGUUCAAAAGAAGCCUACUGUUCGAGCCUUUUCUGGAACUGGUUUUAGACUGGGAAGUAUAACGCCACCAGUAAAACAAUCUGAAUCCACUACCUCAUCAGAAAAAGAUGUAGAAGAAGCACAGCAAAGCUUAAAUGUUGAUGAAUCACAACCUGUGACAUCUGUUCAAAUUAGGCUUGCUGAUGGUUCUAGGUUGACAAUGAAAGCAAAUUACACUCAUACUGUUGGUGAUGUAAGAAGAUUCCUAGUACUAGCUCGUCCUGAAUAUAGUGCUUCGUUAUUCUCAUUGAUGACCUCAUAUCCUACAAAAGAACUAGUGGAUGAUGCUGCUACAUUAGCUGAAGAGAACUUACUGAAUGCUGUGAUAGUUCAAAAAUUGAAGUAACAAAUAGAAAUGAAUGUUUAUUAUUAAAUUUUGUUUAACAUCAACAAAUUGUAAAUAUGUUUUCAUACAUAAUUACUGAUUUCUCAAAGUAAAAAAAAAAA